UCCCCCAGUUUUCUCUCCAGCUGCUUCCUCCCACUUCGCCUUGUCGCGGAGAUCCAGAGUUCAAGGUGAAGGGUUCCCUGGGAGAACAGCAGAAGGAGCUUUCAGCUGGACAGAGGUAUCUAAGAGCGAAGCACCCACCUUCCCUGCAAAAGAUCUGUUGGAAUAAAAGAUUUCUCUUGGGGAAACUGUGUCAAAGGAGUCGAAGUUGCCGAAAACAGUGCCAUGGCCUCUUCCAACCUCAACGGUAUGGAGCUUCUAGAUCUCUUGUUUGACCGGCAGGAUGGUGUCCUUCGCAACGUGGAGCUCGGCCCCCCCGGGACAAAUUGGCUGGUACCGGAAGACAGUCACUUGCUGAACACUCAAGAGAACGAGGAUUUCAUCAACUCCAUCCUGGGGCCCUCAGACGCUGUCCUUGACUCCCCAAGCUGGUCUCCGGCUGCCAGUGAUAGUGGGAUUUCGGAAGACCCACACUCCGACCAGCUGGAUAGUCCUCCGCACUACGUCCCAACGGGAAGUCCGGACGCCUACUCUGACGGCAGCUCACACAGUGAUCUGGCUUACCCGCUCUACCAGGACCCGUGCCAAGCCAUGCCUGUGCUGAAAGCACCGGCUGCAGAGUCAAGAAAGACAGAAGUGUCGAUAGACUUCGAUCUGUGGGAAGCAGAAUUCUACCCUGAGGAGAGGCAGGAGUUGUCCGCUGCCCAUCUGAGUUCGCCCUCCUGCACUCUAACCAUAAAGGACCUUCUGCUGUCCAACAACUGCGAUGUGCACCAGCAGGCAGUGAACCCAUCCCUGCUGAGACAAAGUCCCGGGACGUGCCAGGAGUUGGUCCUGACAGAGGAUGAGAAGAAGCUGUUGGCCAAGGAAGGGGUGACGCUGCCCACCCAGCUGCCCCUGACGAAGUACGAAGAGAGAGUCCUCAAGAAGAUCCGGAGGAAGAUCCGCAACAAGCAAUCAGCGCAGGAAAGCCGGAAGAAGAAGAAGGAAUAUAUCGACGGAUUGGAGAGCCGGAUGUCUGCCUGCACGGCUCAGAACCAGGAGCUGCAAAGGAAAGUCGUUCACUUGGAGAAGCAGAAUGUGUCUCUCCUGCAACAGCUGAAGAAGCUUCAGGCUUUGGUGAUGCAUUCCAGUAGCAAGGCAGCUCAAACGGGCACUUGUGUUGCGGUCUUGCUGCUCUCCUUCGCCCUGAUAGUCUUCCCGUCCAUCAGCCCUUUCGCCCGCAACAAAUCCCAGACGGAAGGCGACUUCGUACCUGUGAGAGUUUUUUCCAGGUCCCUCCACAACGACGCUUCUUCCAGGGUGGCCUUUUCCAUGGCCUGGGAUGCAGAGCAGAGCGCCGAAGAUGUGGAGAAACCCCUCUGGGCCGAAUACGCCCAGGAAGCACACAGCGGGCAGGACGAGAUGCCUGGCAAAAUGACCGACAGCCACAUCUUCUCAAGGCUCCAGAAGGCGGGGGAGACUCUCACAAGCAAUGGCACGGAGGUGUUCCCGGAGGGCACGGGCCCACGCUUGGAGGGGCACCGUGACCACGUGGGCGGGCACAGCUUGGCGUCGGUGGCGUGGACAGAUCCCAAACCGCCCAGCGAAGUACUGCUGGAGCAGGCUGAGGAGCUGUGACUGCCCACUCCGCCACGUACUGCAUUUCGAGGACUUAACAAGGGUGUCAAUCGGGAAGCGUGGAUGUGCAGGCAAAACUGCCCCUCUCUCGUGGAGCAGGGAGGGAAAAGCGUAGUUUAGCCUGGGUGAGAGAGCGAGACAGAGGGCAUCAAAAGCGCCUCCUUCUCAGUGGCCCACCUCUGAAAGGCACGGGGCUAGGCCCAUGCCAUCUUCCAUUUUUUUAAGUCACGGGGAAUUCUCCCACUGGGUGCUCCCAUACACUAGCGACGGGAGUCCCAGGAUCUGUUGCAAGGGAGGGUGUCCAGCAAAGUCAGAACCAAAGUGCAUGAUCACUGAGUGCUAGUCACACGGAAGGUGGGGGGCAGACUACCCCCUGACCACUGGAAAUCCGAUUUAUAGAGCCUUCCGUUUUUUGAGAGUUCAUCUUUUCAAGCUUAUUUUUGCAGUCAUGAGGACUAGAAUCACUUUUUUUUAAAGAAAGAUAAAUCCUGUGAAUAUCUUCUGCCACUUUCUUUUUGUAGAAUACACACAGCCCGGCCUGUGCUCCUUAAUAUUGCAGAAUAAGAGUCAAAAAGGAGUGAAGGAUUCAUACAAUUCAAUUCUUAAAGCCAGCUGUACAAUUUAUUUUAUUUUUAAAAACUUACUUUAUAUUCUGAUCUUGUAUGGGGGAGACCUCCAACGGUUUCCUAUCCACAGGACCACCAAUCCCAUACGCGCUUUGCUUGUGGUGCUCCUGGACUCUUUUUUAAAAAUAAAACACAUCCUGUUUGCAUUGCCAAUCCCAGAAAGACAUGGCAGUUCCCAGCUGCAAAGGCCGCAAGCAG